AUGAACGCGAAAGUGAAUAUCAGAGUGCAGAGGCCAGCCCUCAUCCAUCUGACAGUGAGGAAGAAGUGGGACUGGGUUAUCAUAACUUACGAUCAACUCCUUGCCAAAUACAAGUUCUUUAACGCUGCUUACAAGGCCGAUAACGGCAAGCGGGUGAAGGCUAGCCUCUUCUCCAAGUUGCUUAAGGAGACGGGAUCCUCUAUCUGCUUCCUCGUUCUGGAUGAAGUCCAGAAUGCCCUCCGCGAUCAAGGCAAGCGUCAUGCGGCAAUCAAGGGAUUGUCAUAUAGCCGAGGCCUCUUCCUCUCUGGUACCUUCAUGCCGGAUAGGUGGUAUGAGAUUCACGAGAUUCUCGCCCUCAUGCCUCGACCACACCCAUUCAUGGCUCCUCGCCUUUUCGACGCGAUCUUCCGGCCCUGGGAAUCGGAUCGCCAGUUCGACCGACUCGAAAGUCAGACGAGAAUCGCCUAUUCCAACCGGCGGAUCGUAUUUCUCCUCCCCAAUUUCGUUGCUCGGCCAGCCGCAGUGCUAUCACACUUGGAUGGAUGCGUCCGCGAAUCGCUGCAAUUCGACGUCGACCCUGCCGAUGAGGCUGCGAUUAUCCACUACACCCGUGGGUUUUACAAGAGGACGACCUCGGUUGCCGCGGCAGAAGGUUAG